AUGAUUUCCUUCGGUGAUACAGAUCCAUUCGAAGUUGAAAAUAAAAUGACAGGCAAUCCCAUCGCAGGACAUGGCGGUUAUGGCUGUCAAGAAGUGAACUUCGACACAACAAAUGGAGUCGUCAUCUCAUAUGUCACUAAUGGAUUGAAAUUGGGGAUGUACGAGGACUGUCCCACCUAUUCACGGUUACAAAGAGCUGUGUACGACGUUAUACAAAAAUCACGGUCUUGA